UCAUGGUCGGGGCUAGUGAAGAGCAAGGACAGCACAGCAAGGUGUGGAGGACCAAAAUGCAGGGAAGGAGGGGGGGCAAGACAGGAGUAGAGGAAUGUCUAAAAACAACAUAAAGUAACAACCAAAAAUAGUCAAAGUAUAAAUUUAAACUAGCAACUUGGCAUGACUUUCAAAAUCGCAAUGAGGAACAAAGUGACAAGCAACCCAUGACAAGGACAAUGCACCAACAAGAAAUUAAAGAAAACACAGAGUUAAAUACACAGAGACUAACGAGACAAUGACAAACACGUGGAAAGGACAUAAGUGGCUAGAGGGAGCUAACCCUGGUCAACACGAGCGAGAAGGGCAAACACCAACAGGUGGACAGAACCAGCAAAUCAGCACACAACACAUGGAACACAGGAAAAACAAAUACAACCCAACCAAAACUCAGAACAUGAGAGAGAGAGAGAGCCUUGUAAAAUGGUGAUAUUGUUGAAAAAACCAACAACUUGUUUUGGGAAAUAGUUCUUCCCAUCUGGGGAAGCCACUUUUUCUAUACGACAUCAGGAAGAAGCGACAAGUCGAGCUGGCGGGGGCAUCCUCGACAACCCUGCAGAGUUAUUGAAGGAGUCGAGAUCACAGUUCAGGGAAACUUUCACCACAAGCAGAAAUCUACAGAGGUUUACUAAGCAAAUGUUUUUCUGAGAUGACACGCUGUGGCGACCCCAAAAGGGACAAGCCGAAAGAAACUUACUUUCUGCACUGGAGCCAUGAGGUUUGACUUCUGAAAGCUUAUAUCAACCUGACAGACACAGUCGUCUCAGAGGAGACCAAGGUCUCCCCCGUCCCGCCGAUCCCUGCGUACCUGGAUACAUGUGAAGCGGCAACAGCAGCAUGCAUGCGACGUGCGGCGGAGCGGCGGAAGCCGAUGCUGCAGACAACCAGCACGGUGCAGCGGAGAGGAUGGAGAGGACGCCCGCGGUGGACGUGCAGCGUCGGACCGAAGACCAGCACCAGGGACCCUCUUCGGCAGCACACGGCGUGCUCGAUAAACUAUUUGGAAAGAGGCUUCUGCAAGCCAGACACUACAUAUUGUCACGAAAGUCCUGGCUGAAGAUGGUUCCCACAGAAAACUGUGAUAUCCUGAUGACAUUCCCAGAUUCAAUAGAUGACCACACUCUGCUGUGGCUCCUUAAUCAGAUCCGUGUUGGAAUUCCACAAGUCAGCAUUCAAGUUCGGCAGCAUAAACAUACUCAGGCUUAUGCCUUCUUCAUCACCACGACGUUUGAAAAUUUACUGCAGGGAGCAGAACAGAUGAGCAUGCACAAGGCCGUCAAGCCGCAGUUUGGCGGCGGCAUGCGACGCUUCUCCUGUGAAGAGGACAACAUCUAUGAGAACAUAGAAAGCGAGCUGUGCUUUUUUACGUCACAGGAACGUCAGAGCAUCAUCAAGUAUUGGCUCGACAACCUGCGAGCCAAACAGGGGGAAGCGCUUCACAACAUUCACUUUUUGGAGGGUCAACCUAUCAUUCCAGAAUUGGUGGCUCGUGGUGUAAUCCAUCAGAUGUUUCCUCUCCAUGAGCAGAGGAUCCUUAAUCAGCUGAUGACAUCUUGGGUCCAGGCUGUUUGUGAAAGACAGCCCCUUGAUGAUAUCUGCGACUACUUCGGAGUGAAGAUUGGCAUGUACUUUGCCUGGCUCGGUUUCUACACCAACUCCAUGCUUUACCCUGCCGUCAUCGGCUUUCUUCUAUGGAUACUUGCAGAAGCCGAUCAGACCAGUCAGGAUAUAUGCUGUGUGGUAUUUGCACUCUUCAACGUUGUGUGGGCCACCUUGUUUCUCGAGCGUUGGAAGAGGCGAGAAGCAGAGCUGGCGUACAGGUGGGGAACCCUUGACAGCCCAGCAGAGUCGUUGGAGGAGCCGAGACCACAGUUCAGGGGUGUAAAACGCUGCAGUCCCAUAACAGGGUGUGAAGAAUUCUACUAUCCUCCAUGGAAGAGGGCUGUGUUCAGAUGGCUGGUCAGCCUCCCCAUCUGCCUCCUCUGUCUCUGUUUUGUCUUCCUGAUCAUGCUCCUCUGUUUGGAACUGCAGGAAGUGGUGAUGGAGAUUCAGGAGCUACCUGGGAUCACAAGAUUUAUUCCCAAAAUCCUGCUGGCCAUUACUGUAACCAUAUGUGAUGAGGUUUAUAAGAAGAUUGCCUACUGGCUCAAUGACAUGGAAAACUACAGACUUCAGAGUGCCUACGACAAUAACCUCAUUAUCAAGAUGGUUUUCUUUGAAUUCAUCAAUUCUUAUCUAAGUCUUUUCUACAUUGGAUUCUACCUCAAGGAUAUGGAGCGACUAAAGGAGAUGCUUGCUACACUGCUAAUUUUCCGUCAGUUCCUCCAGAACAUUAAAGAGGUCCUCCAGCCUUACCUCUAUGAACAAAACAAGCUGGGUGUCUUCACCCCCAAGGUGCUGUGGGAACUCCUGCAAGCUAUCAUCCUCAAGUACGGCCGCCUGGCUCUGGGAAAGGCCCAAGCGUCAAUGACAGCGUACUCCUUCCUGGGGCCCAGGGGACUCCCAGCCAGUGACAGCACAGGCACGGACUCACAGCCAAAGGCAAGAGGGGAUUUGAAAGCUGGUUUCAGACUGUCGGAAGAAGAGUGGGAUAUGAAUGAUAGUGCCCUGAAGCAACGGAAAGUCAGCUUUACGGAGAAAGUCGACUACCAGGAUGUCGCAGCAGAAACGCAGACGGCGGAUGACAACUUCCCUGAGGACAGCCCCACUCUAGUAGAGGACGGAAUGGAUCCAUCUAGUAUUUUUGAUAGUUGCGAUGAGGACAGCGAUCUUGAAUUGCUGGAGGUCAAAGAGAACGCCACUGGGUACUCCUCAAGAGAAUCAAACGGUCUACGACAAAGAAGAAAAACUGUGGAUGAGGCCAAAGGGGAUAAAAAGUCCUGGAUUGAUCCACCAGAAGAACCCCAAACUGUCACUCUCGCGCAGGCUGAAAUUGAAAGCUGCAUGCAGACCUAUGAGGAUACACUUCAGGACUACCAAGAGAUGUUCAUUCAGUUCGGCUACGUGGUUCUCUUCUCCUCUGCGUUCCCGCUGGCAGCCAUGUGCGCGCUCAUCAACAAUAUCAUCGAGAUCCGCAGCGAUGCCCUCAAGCUCUGCACGGGCCUGCAGAGGCCCUUUGGCCAGAGGGUGGAGAACAUUGGGCAAUGGCAGACUGCAAUGGAGGCCAUGGGUUUGAUAGCCAUUAUUGUUAACUGUUACCUUAUUGGUCAGUGUGGUCAACUGCAGCGCCUUUUCCCCUGGCUGAGUCCUGAGAUGACCGUCGUCUCCAUUGUUUUGCUGGAGCACUUUGCCAUCCUCCUAAAGUACAUCAUCCAUGUUGCCAUCCCUGAUAUCCCCGGUUGGGUAGCAGAAGAGAUGGCCAAGCUAGAAUACCGACGAAGGGAAGCUUUCAAGAGGCAUGAGCUACAGGUGCAGCAACAUUUCCAGCAGCAGCUGAGACGUCGCCGGGAAGAGGAGGAACUUCAGCGUCAGGCCGAGGCACGGCAGGAGAGCGAGUGCCACAAGUCGGACGCCACUCACCAGCACCACCAGGAGAAGGCUGCGGGCGGCAAGCCCAAAAGGCCCAGCUCUCUGCUCGGGAACAACAACGUGAUGAAGCUGAAGCAGAUCAUCCCACUUCAGGGUAAGUUCUCCUCCGGCAGCUCCCGCUCCCCGGCUCAGUCGCCCACCGGGGGAGAGGCCAAGCUGCCGGGAUUUCUCAAGUUUUUGAAGUCAACAGAGGUGAAAAAAGAGCCCGCGACGGCUGCGGGUUCACCCGGAUCGACGGGGAGCUCUUCGACCACGCCUGGUGGCCAGGAGCGAAAUCAAUCUCCCAACAGGACAUUCAGUCCGGGUAAGCUGUUCAGUUUCAGCAAGACGGAGGGAACUGUGGUGUGUGCUAACGGGACACAGCCGCCCAGCCAGACGGAGAGUUGUCAUGCCAACAGGGCUGACCUCAACUUAACUCAUGAGGAGUUACCGUCAAAUGAGUCUGAUAAAGGAGACGGGGAUUCGGAAAGCUCAGGCUUGAAGAAUUAAUGCACAUUUCAAGUGUAAAAAAACAACAACAAAAAAGACUCACUACUUGCAAUGGUAAUGACCAAGUGAAACCCUGACAGACACCCGUAGAGUGGUGAACAAACGUGAAGUCUGGCAUAUUGAAAGCCAUUUGAGCAUUUGUUCCAUAUGCUUGAUAUCCGGAGUAAGGUAAGGUACAGUCAUCACAGAACAUUCGCAGUUAAUUUUGGAGCAGAAUCGAUACUAUGUUCUUUGCUGAAAAAGUCACCAAUUCUUUUUGGUUCUGUUGGAAGUGGCACCAUCUUGUAGUAUAUUGGGGCCGAGGAAUUAUGUUGAAGUGAGGUGAAGAGCUUCAAUUAGUCAGGCUAUAGAGCUCGUGCACCUACGUCAUAAAAUCAUGUGACUUUUGUUUACUUGGCCCAUUGCCGGUCAAGCUCGGCAUUGCUCAAUGCUAAGUCGGUUGGAGACGACACGGAAAUAUGUCUUGAAGCACGACGCCCAGAGUCUUGUCCGAAACAGUCAGACAUUUAGAAGGUGAAAAUAAACGACGGUACGUGGAAAAAUUAGAUAAACUCUGCAUGGAGGACCCAUAUUUAAUGGCAAAGUCGAUGUGUUCGCCGAGAAGAAAUUGGACUGUUAAUUCACUUCUGCUUUUCUUGGACAACUGGAUCUACACACGGAUCUGGUGAGUAAGUCGUCGAGUUUGAAAGCGUACAAAAGUCUGGACGCACACAAAUACUUUGUUGCUGGAUCUGUUCUCAUCUGGAAUAAAUGACGGCUCGUGAACGCAGAAGUCUGUUCGGUGACACGUUAACCUUUGCCAUAAUCCAGUGAUCUUUUCCGCUAGUAUUCAAUACAAAUAACAAUAUUCAAAUAAAUAACCCCUGGUUUUACAUCAGGGAAUCAGCAACCUUUUUGAGGCUGAGGGCUACUUUGUGAGCACCAAUCGUGUGAAGGGCUACGUGACCUCUUUGCAGCAAAUUUCAGACUCAGUUCAUUACACGUACAUAAAAUAUUUUUGUCUUAAUUUAUUGUAGGAAAUGACAUUACAGGUAUUUUAAAAUUUUAAAUCACGUAAGCAAGUCAGAUUCAGAAUUUAAAGCACAAAUAACAGUAACAAUUUGUGGCCUGUGGUAUUUUUAGAACAUACCUCGCGGGGGCCUUAUAUGCUCCUCCCGGGCUACCAUUCGCCCGCGGGUACCGGGUUGGUGACCCCUGUUUUACACAAACUCGCAUUCAUUAACUUUGAUUGAAAAAAAGACGACGGUUUGAAGGCUCGUGAAUGCAGAAGUGUGUUCAGCGACACGUUGACCUUUGCCGGAAUCCAUCAAACUUUUCCGCUAGUAUUCAAUACAAAUAUCAAUAUUUAAAUAAAUGACCCCUGGUUUUACACAAACUUGCAUUCAUUAACUAUGAUUUUAAAAAAAAAAAAAAGAGGAAGGAGUCGUCUCCGUGGAACGUACAUGGAAGCGAUUGCGGCUGCACUUAACCUCUGUAGACCUCUGUGACUGAUGUUUUUUUUUAAUCCGCAUUGUUCUCAAAUGAGCCAAUUUGGAAUUAUAAAUACUUUUUGGUAAUUUGAGAUCGAGAAGGAUAAUUCCUCUCCCACAAAGUUGAACAGCUCUAUUAGACCGACAAUAUGGCGCCGUGAAAAUGGCGACGUCACGUGCCGAGCUCUAUAGCCUUGUCUAAUAGAAAAAAGGUGCUUUGGCACCAUCAGAUGGCUUCCAUAGGUAAUUACAAAUAAUUUUGGGUGGGUGUUGAUCACUUACGGAUUUUCAGUAGUUGUGGGAGGGCUUAACUUGCUGAUACCUGUAGCGUCAUUAUCCUUGUGCAUAACUAAUGACCGCGUGGGCAUGAGUGCACAAAACGACGGCUAGAUGGGCAGCACAGGGAUUUUAUGAUAGAUAGCAGAAUUCACCGUUCCAUUAAUCCCAGCGUGUCGUCCAGGUCCCAAAGAAGCUAAGCAUCCCCAGACCAUCGCACAGCCACCAACAUAUUUGAAUGUAGGCAGGAAGUUUUUAUGAAAUGCUGCAUUAGUUUAACGCCAGAUGUAAUACACGUAGCACAGCUUUCGACUACUGUUAUUUGUGACGGCAAAGGAUGUACUAGUUCAUGUGACGGACUUUUACCUGGACAUCAAGUAUAUGGAAUAAACCCUCAAAAUGGUUUCCAUACUGGCAGACCACAUGUAAGGUCAACAGUUAAAUGCACCUUACUUUGCACAAAGCAACUAACUAUGUAAGUUCUCACAGCUUCCAUGUAAAUACAUGUAUAGUACUGUGAAUGUGACUGAAUGAAUCCUUUUCUCUUGAGAUGUAACUAUUGCAUGGUUGUGUCCCAUUCCAGGUUUGGUUCUUCUUUGUCAAGCCUGCACUGAAUGCAUAUUGUGCACGAGUCACCUGUUCAUGAUGUGUUAUUUAGCACUUUAAAAAGCCAUUGUAUUCUUCUGCAAUAGCCCACAUUCUAGUCACUGUGACCAUGAAAAGUAUCUAUUUUUCUCAAAUUUGAUUUUUUUUUUUAUUAAUUAUUUUACUACAUGAAUUAGUGAAUGUAUUCCUAAUGCAAAUGAACCACACUUGAAUCAAGUCAAAGGUGUUUGUGUUUACACAAUUGAUAAACAUUAUAGAUUUAAAAAAAUAAAAACAUCUCGCUGCG